UAUAGUUAUAUUUGAUGGCUCACGCUAUAUGCAGUGUGAGAACAAAAACAAAUCUCUUAUGAGAACCAGACUGAAACAAAUAAGUGCACCCCUUCUAAUAACUAUACCUUGAGAACACGGGAUUUGUGCCUUUAUUGCUUUACAAAAAAAGUGAUAAGCACCGAGUUUGUACCCCAUCUGUGGAAACCACCACACAAGUCUUCUGAACCCUUAUCAGGCCAGCGUUUUUAUAACUAAACUGACCUGAUUGACCCUUCCCUGUCAAAGCAUGUGCGUCACAAUGUAGAGGACUUCCACAGAACUAAGAAGUGAACUUUGAAACAUGGAAAACAAGGUUUAUUGUGUGUUGAACAGUUAAGCAGUUGAUUCUAAGUAAAGAGUGGCUUACUGGGAAGAAGGAUUCAGAAUGGGCUGAAACAUUUGAAGAAUGGCAGUGAGCACUGAGACACCAUAUGACAACCCAGAGGCUGGUUCUCUGAUGGGACUCGUGCUGCUGGGUCGAAGACACGCUGGUAAGAGCUCAUUGGGAGACCUCAUCCUCGGACGCAGCGAGUUUGAGCCUGGGAAGAAGACGGCACGGUGUGUGAGGAGAUUUGGCUGGGUGUAUGGCGUGAGGCUUGCUGUAGUAGAUACUCCAGGAUGGAGUCUCUUUGGUUUGGCUGAUGCCAAACUAGUGAAACAGGAGAUCCUGCACAGUGUGAUGUUGGGCCCUCCCGGAUAUCUCAUAUUUCUCCUUGUUAUCCCAGUGGACUCUUUCAGAAAGUGGGACAGAAGUGCUAUGGAGAAAUAUCUGGGUGUUCUUGGGGACACGGUGUGGUCACGCACUCUGGUGCUCUUCACGUGGGGCGAUGAGUUAAGAGGCAGCACUAUUGAAAAGCACAUUCAAAAGAUUGGUGAACCUCUGCAGGAGAUCCUGAGGAAGUGUGGCCACCGGUACCAUGUUGUGAAUAAUAAAUGUCCAGAAGACUUUAAUCAGGUCACUGAGCUGCUUAACGUUUUAAAGCAAAUGUGUGCCAGGACUGGUUGAACAUUGAAUGGACCUGUGUUUAGGCCUAUAUGUAAAUGUAAUAUUUGCGAUUGUGUGUUGAGGCAAUUCAUUGUAAUUAGCAUUUGUAUUUAAAUAAAAAAAAUAGCUAUGUUUUAUUUUAGUGAUAACUGUCCCACUGGCUGUGGUGUUUUUUUUUUUUUCUUUCUUUCAUUUCUAAACACGGACUUCAUUAGAGACAAAGACAAACCUUUGCUGAAAAAUGCACAAAACAGUCUUCCAUAUAUAAUGUGAUUUUAAUGGCAAAUGUAUGUUAGUGGUGCUCUGUGGCCUGGCAGGAUUCAUAAAGGCUGGAUUAGCCUCUUAAUUGACCUUUUGCUGGUAGUUUGAUUGACAGGUGAUCUGCAGGGCCAGGCCCUGAAAUAAAUACAUUUAGUAACAUAGUAGUUCGCCUUCAAUUAUGGCAACACAUGUAAAAUAAGCUUUAACGUUAUUUUGAGCAUAAAAACCAUUUAUGAGACAGCUCUUGUCAGAAUUCAUUUGUGAUUUCAUUUCAAAUAUUAAAUAUAACCGUAAGCUUAGUGAACAGUUUUAGAGAAUUUAAUGUUGUCGCAUUCAUUCAGAGAUGUAGGCUAGCUGUAAGCCCCGUACACACGGAAGAACUAUAACUAUAAAGAUAACGAUAUUAGCGUCCACCUCAGUGGACAAUAUCGUCUGUUUAUUCUAUUCACGCGCUGAUCUGACCCUUUACAGCUGUCAAUGUUUGUGUCUAUAAUCACCUAAAAAACUAAAAAAAAAAAUGGUCUGAAAGAGAUUCCAACGAUAUCGUUUCUCUGUGCCUUUAUCGUUAUAGUUGUUGUGUGAACUCUGCUAUUCUUUAAUAUUAAGAACGAUUUUUAGAACUAUAUCUUUCUCGUUAUCCUUAUAGUUAUCGUGCUUGUUGUGAACAGGGCUGAAAUAAAUGUCUGAGAAGUGUUUCAAAGAGGGCCGCCAAGUAGAAUUGCGCAAAGUCGAUGUGAACCGUUUCCAAUUCGAAUGAGAAUUCAAAUGCAAGUUAUGCAAACAUUGAAUACAUUUUGAUUUUUCGUGGAUUUAGAAUUGUUUCAAACUGGAUUAAUAAAUGUUGUGUAAACAUGUCUUGCCUGUGCAAGCAAAGUUAUCAGUGCGAACGUGUCACCUUUCCAUCGAUAUUUCUGUUUCGAUUAUUGCCUGCUCCUAUGUAAACAAAGUAAGCCUAACUAAAAACUGUUUUGC